AAUAUUUUUAAAAAUGUUUAGAGUCUACGACAGGUGAAACGUCACAACAUAAAAAUCUAUUAACUUCAUUAUGAGGGCAGCUAUUUUAGCCGUGAAGAGAAGUGUGAGCCUUCUUAGUAAAAGAAAUUACGCGGAAAGACAUCGAUGCGAUGCCCAUAUGAAUGAAUUGCCGGUGCCAUGCGGUCCUUGGGACAUAUGGUACAGUGACAAACAAUCGUACUAUAACAAGGUGCUGGCUAUUGGAACGUUUUGGUUCCUUUUCUCACUGGGCAUGAUGAUAUACACGGACAGUUUGUUCUUGAACUUCGGUCCGCCAGCGCAACCCGCCCCACCCAGUGACAUGAUUGAAGAAUGCGAAGAUCUGGACUCAUAACCUUUCAUUAUAAAAUAAAUGAUUAUGAUUGAA